CAGUUCUUGAUACAGCAGGUGACCCUGAAAGUUCCCUUUUCCAUAGAGUUUGUGUUUGAAUCGGGCAGUGCCCAGGCAGGAGGAAAUCAAGUCCUACCAAGACUGGCAGGCAGUCUACUGACCCAUGCCCUGGAGAGCCAUGCUGAGGCCUUUAGAGAGCGCUUUGAGAAGACCUUCCAGCUGAAGGAGAAGGGCCUGGGCCCUGGUGAGCAGGCUUUGGGUCAGGCUGCCCUCAGCAGCCUCCUUGGUGGAAUUGGCUACUUCUACGGACAAGGACUGGUAUUGCCAGACAUGGGGGUGGAAGGGUCUGAGCAGAAGGUGGACCCAGCCCUCUUUCCACCCCUACCUCUUUUUACAGCAGUGCCUUCCCGGUCAUUCUUCCCACGAGGCUUCCUUUGGGAUGAGGGCUUUCACCAGCUGGUGGUUCAGCGGUGGGAUCCCUCCCUCACCCGGGAAGCCCUAGGCCACUGGCUGGGGCUGCUAAAUGCUGAUGGCUGGAUUGGGAGGGAGCAGAUACUGGGGGAUGAGGCUCGAGCCCGGGUACCUCCAGAAUUCCUAGUGCAACGAGCAGUCCAUGCCAACCCCCCAACCCUACUUUUGCCUGUAGCCCAUAUGCUAGAGGUUGGUGACCCUGACGACUUGGCCUUCCUCCGAAAGGCCUUCCCCCGCCUGCAUGCCUGGUUCUCCUGGCUCCAUCAGAGCCAGGCAGGCCCAGUUCCACUAUCUUACCGCUGGCGGGGACGGGACCCUGCCUUACCAACCUUACUGAACCCCAAGACCCUACCCUCUGGGCUGGAUGACUACCCCCGGGCUUCACACCCUUCAGUCACCGAACGGCACCUGGACCUACGAUGUUGGGUGGCACUGGGUGCCCGUGUGCUGACGCAGCUGGCAGAGUAUCUGGGUGAGGCUGAGGUAGCUGCUGAGCUGGGCUCACUGGCUGCCUCACUGGAGGCAGCAGAGAGCCUGGAUGAGCUGCACUGGGCCCCAGAGCUAGGAGUCUUUGCAGACUUUGGGAACCACACAAAAGCAGUACAGCUGAAGCCCAGGCCCCCUCAGGGGCUGGUUCGGGUGGUGGGCCGGCCCCAACCUCGACUGCAGUAUGUAGAUGCCCUUGGCUAUGUCAGUCUUUUUCCCUUGCUGCUGCGACUGCUGGACCCCAACUCAUCCCGCCUUGGGCCCCUGCUGGACAUUCUAGCUGACAGCCGCCAUCUCUGGAGCCCCUUUGGUUUACGCUCCCUUGCAGCCUCCAGCUCCUUUUAUGGCCAGCGCAAUUCAGAGCAUGAUCCCCCCUACUGGCGGGGUGCUGUGUGGCUCAAUGUCAACUACCUGGCUUUGGGAGCACUCCACCACUAUGGGCAUCUGGAGGGUCCUCACCAGGCUCGGGCUGCCAAACUCCACAGUGAGCUCCGUGCCAAUGUGGUAGGCAAUGUAUGGCGCCAGUACCAGGCUACAGGCUUUCUCUGGGAGCAGUAUAGUGACCGAGAUGGGCGAGGCAUGGGCUGCCGCCCUUUCCACGGCUGGACCAGCCUUGUCUUACUGGCCAUGGCUGAAGACUACUGAAGGGAGGGAGAGGAGGGGAGCCAGGCCACUCAUGCCAUUCUGGCUCUAGAGGGACAAAGGCUUCUGGCUUCUGCCCCCAGUCCCUUGGAUACCAGUAAUUCAAACCUUCCUCAUUUCAUCUCAGGUGUCUCCUUACUGUCAUCCCACAUAGCCCUGGGGUGAAUGUGAAUUCAGAGUCUAUUUUUCUAAAUAAAUUGGAAAAAACAUUUUGAAC